CGUGGUCUCCUGGAAAACAAAAUGGCCUCCGCAGACGCUCAGCCGCGGUUCGGUCAGUCUGUCAAAGGGCUGCUGUCCGACAAAGUGGGCUCCUGCAGCGGGGAUGUGAUCGCGUUGACUCGCCAGGUGCUGAAGGGAUCCCGCAGUCAGGAGCUUCUUGGUCAAGCAGCAAGAAACAUGGUGAUCCAGGAGGACGCCAUUCUGCACUCUGAGGAUAGUCUGAGGAAAAUGUCCAUCAUCACCACACAUUUACAGUACCAGCAGGAGGCCAUCCAGAAGAAUGUGGAGCACUCAAAACACCUGCAGGACCAGCUGAGACACCUGCUGAAGUGACAAAGACACACCCGCAGCCCCAGAAGGCUGCAGUGUGAACACCGGCCCAAGAGGAUUUGAAGCAUCUGCAGGCCGAAGUGUUUGUACAUUCCACGUACGCUGCCGGCCCGUUCAGUCGGGGCUGUCAUUUCACAGCGUAGCAAAGUGAAGUACUGCUCUGUAUCAAACACAAACAUGCCUGUGCUUAGUAAUGUUUCUCCAAAGCAUGGACCAUGUGAUGCCUUUUGAGUUAUGUUAAUUCUUUUGAUCACUUUUAUUGUGGAAAUUUAUUCAAAAAAUAUUGUCUCUGUCAUCUGGGCUCCAAGAAAUAGCCCCCGUGAUUCGAAUCCAACACCACGUAACAGCACGAGUGGUGAGAGGAUGAUCAAAUAUAUAAGAGUAGUGUAAGAAUUAAGCAAAGUCAUACCAAGUUUACUAAAACAUAACAAUUUCAGUGCACUGUUUGAGAUUCUACAGUGACUGGUAAAGUUAAGAUUUUGUUUCCUAGCUGAACAAAAGUCUUUCUUAUGUACUUUGGUUGGAUUUGUAUAUUGAAAAGUCCAAGUAUGGUUUGUGUGUAUACUCGUUUUUUUCUUUUGAAGAUUUUGAGAAAACAGUAAUGAAAUAAAGUUCACCAUGCUUGAAUAAGAUGUAUGAUUAGUAAUUGUGAUGUGAAGGCAGAGACACAGCACAUAGAGCUUACAGUUCAAGCAUGGAAAAGAUCUGCGAGCCAAUGUUACGCCCCCUGCUGAAGACAUCAGCCUCCCAGGUCAACCUGUGCAGGUGUGCCUCCGGCUUCAUGGUGCACGAAGUGCUUGGAUCCAAGUGUACCUUCUUGUUUUGUAACCAUUUUAAUUUGAAGAGAUAUGUCAGCAAUGUGCAAAGUGAUAAUGAAAUGAUUCUCUACCUACAGGGCUGCAGGAGAUCUGAUUUUAAAAUGUAUUCAUUUAUUGAUUGUAAAUAAAGGGAGAAAGACAUUGAUACAGAUAGCAA